UGUGUGUGUGUGUGUGUGUGUGUGUGUGUCCUCUAGAGGCCGCUGUCUGAUAUCACGAUGACAUAUUUCGUGUUCAAAACACGCGUGAUUUCCUGCUUAAGUUCAGCGCGGGUUCUUGCUAACAUGAAGGGAGCUUGACAUUACCAGAGUAAAUUCCUUAAAUCAUAAUUCUUCUCAUUGUUAAUAAGAUAGUCACUUGUUAUUGGACUUUAAGACACUCGAGGGAAGGUUUGUAAACAUGGGCGACGAUCCAGACUCCAUUCCAGAGAGAGAGAUGAAGGAUUUCCAGUUUCGUCAGAUGAAGAAGAUUCGAGUGUUUGAAUCCCCUCAUGAUCUGCCUAAAGAACGCUCCAGUCUGCUUGUGAUCUCUAACAGAUAUGGCCUGACAUUCACUGCUCGAGACAAAACACUCAAAGUGUUCCUGACUAAAGACAUCAUCUCAGCUGCACGUGUGGAGGGAAACACCAAUGACAUAGUGGAGAGUGUGAGUGCUGUGACAGUGACAGUAGAUCUGUGGAUUCAUCACAUGACUCUGAGCAGUGAUGAGCUCACGCUGUCUGUGUGCGGCGCGACUGACGCCGCUGAUCUCACGCUAGAUUUCUACGACGUCCGCACAUUCUUCAACAAGGUCAGACAGGACAAACGUCCCUUCACGUCCUUCAGACCGGCGGUCUCAUCAGGUGUCCUGGUCCAGGAUCUGAAGUGGAGUCCAGUGGAGGCAUCUCGUCUAGCCGUGUGUCUGUCUGAUGGCAGUAUGAUGGUGCUGGACGUGCAGGAUUCAGUGAAUGUGGUCGCGCAGCUACCUAUGUCUGAGGGAAUCACAUGCGUGUGCUGGAGUCCCAAAGGCAAGCAGGUGUCUGCUGGGAAACAGGAUGCUACAGUAGUUCAGUUCACUCCUACGUUACAGGCUAAGAAGGUGAUUCCCUGUCCCAGAUUCUACAAUCAGGACAACCCUGUGAAAGUGCUGGAUGUGUUGUGGUUGAGCACGUAUAACUUUGCGGUGGCUUACGCGGCGGCCGACGGAUCGCCAGAGACGCCACCUGACCUGGUGGUCGUGUCACUUCCUAAAAAGGAUGAGGAGAGAGAUGAAUGCUAUCUGAACUUUAAUGACGUGGUGUACGGCACCUGCACAGAGAGACAGCAUCACUACUUCCUGUGUCAUAUAGAGGACUGGGAUCUGGUGUUAGCUGCUUCAGCCGCUGCUAUUGAGGUCAGCAUCAUGGCCAAACAAGUGGACAAGGUGAACUGGGAGAUGUGGCUGCUAGAAGACGCCAGUAGAGCGGAGCUGCCCGUCACAGAGAACAGUGAUGACACAUUUCCUGUGGGUGUAGCUAUAGAUUACACCAGUCAGGAGGAGAUUCAGCUGUCUGAUGAGAAGAGUUGUCCUCCGGCACCGACGCUGAUGCUGCUGUGUACAGAUGGCGUUCUGUGUCCGUUCUCUUUACUCAACCUGAACCACGGGGCUAAACAGCUGACUGUGAGUGCCAGUGAGCUUCCUGUGGAUGGAGAGAGACCGCCGGCUGCCAAGAUGACCUUCUCACCUCCUGCUCUGUCUGCAGCCACACCAGUCUUCUCAUCUUUCCCAGCAUCCUCUAACACAGCGCCACCCCCAUCCACCUUUUCCUUCACGGCCCCGCCUCCAGCCGCCACCUCCUCUGUGAUCCUGCCCUCUGCAGCAGCUCUGCCCGCAGCUUUCUCCUUCUCUCUGCCUCCUCUGGGCUCCUCAGCUCCUUCGGUCUUCCCCCUGAACUCCACAGCGGGCAGUUUCUCCUUCAGCGCUCCCAAAACCUCCUCAGACACUCUGGGAGCUUCGACCUUCUCCUUCAGUCCAUCCUUGCUGAAGGAGGCAAGCGCUGCUCCCGUCUCCACUCCACAGCACCUUGCCACGGGGCCUCCCGUAAUCAGCAGCUCAAAAACCCACGCAGAGCCUGCCACACUCCCCGUCAGAAUAAACCUCACUGAUAGGUUUUUCUCAGUGGAGACUCCAGCAUCAGUCCCAGCUGCUGCCCAGCCGUUUUCUUCCACACCCAAACCAUCAUCAUCAGCAUCAGAGCCCAGCGGUCAGACAGCAGCACUGAACAACAUCAGCAAACCAGCUGCUCCUGCAGUGAUUUCACGGCCCGCUCAGAUCACCGUUCCUCCAGCUGCUGAGCAGAAAACAUCUGCAGUCCUCCCACCUGCAUCCAGCACUGCAUCUGCGCAGGCCAUGUCUGUGAAAGCUCUGGAGAAACAUCUACAGCAGAAGAAAGACUCUGAUCCUGUCAUGACUGGAAUCUUGGAGGAGAUCGGACACUUCCACAAAGAGUUGGACGAGCUGAAGUCUCGCUAUAGGAAUGCCGAUUUCAGGGUGGGCAGCACAGAUGAGAUGAGAGAUCUGAGGAAAGACUCUGAGAACCUGCAUGACUUUACACUGGAGAUCAAAGACACCACUGAGUCUCUGCAUGGAGACAUCAGCGUGCUGAAGACCAGUCUGCUGGAGGGUUUUGCUGGUGCUGAAGAAGCCAGAGGUCAGAAUGAACUCAACAGAGAUAAAGAUUACCUUCAGCUGCUUUACAAGAAACCACUGGACCCUCGCAGAGAGGAACAACUCAAGGAGAUCCAGCGGUUGUACCAGUAUGUGAAGUUUGCCAUGGAGGACGUGAAUGAUGUUUUAGAUCUGGAGUGGGAGAAACAUCUGGAGAAGACGCAGCAGAGGCAUAUGAUCGUGCCUGAGAGAGAAGCGCUGUUCACUGCACUCACUAAUAACCUGGACAUCAUUAACCAGCAGAAACAGCGUUUAGAUCAGCUGACCAGUGACUUGCACAAACUCAAACUCUACAGACGUACAGCAGUGUGGAGUUACCCCAGCCAGACCCCUUCAACACCCACAGAACAGAGUCUGGACAGUGAGCUGGAGAGUUUGAAAGACGCUCUUCUGAAGGCCAGUCUGGAUACAGCACCCAAAGCUCCUGCCAAAUCACCAUCUAAGAUGACUUCAGCCAAGCAGUCUCAACUGAGGAACUUCCUGUCAAAGAGACAGACUCCACCGGUGCGGUCUACAGCUCCUGUGAAUCUGUCUCGCUCAGCGUUCCUGUCCCCUCAGUUCUAUGAAGAUCUGGAUGAGGUGAGCUCCAGCUCAUCUCUCUCUCAGCCUCUGGAGCCCGACGUCAUACUGGCGGUGGUGGAGGAAGAGGAGGAGCCGGGGCCCUUCCCAGUGCUGUCUUUCCCAUGUCACCCAGCGGUGGUGCGCACGCCCUCCAUACAGCCGGGCUUCAGUAUGCAGUCCUCUCCAUUCAGCAGAAUCCAGACUGGCACCAUACCAGUCAUCAGUCCUGCUCCUAAGAUAAACAUGGACAGUGCCGACAGCACGGCGUUCGCCACUAAAACAGUGAAACAUGGAGCCCCGCCCACUGAGAAGACCACGCCCAUCUUUAUCCCCGCCCCUCAGGCUGCAGGAAGAGCCGCCCUCAGUAGACACAUAACCAGCCAGAUACCAGGAGCGUCUCUGACAGAGUCCACACUGAAGACGGUUCUUCAGGUGGUGAACACUCAGGAACUGGAGGAUAAAGUUCCUCCCAUCCCUGUGUCCAGCAUCAUCAGCUCAUCUGUUUCAGCACCUGUAGCUCAGGUUGUUCAGCAGGUUCUGGCUACUGUGGAGGCCAAUAAAAAUUCCUGUCAGGGGGCGUUAAAGGUUUCAGCAACGCUGGCAGGGGUGGAUCCAACCAUGGCAGCAAAUUUUGUGUUUGGUGGAGCAGGUAAACCUGAAGGUGGUGCUUCAUCUGUUAGUGAGAAAAACUUGAAUGCUUUCUCAUUCUCUUCACCGUCAUCUGGGUCCAGUUUCAUGUGUACAUCUCAAUCACAGGAUGCUAGUAACACUCAAGCCAAGAGUUCUGGCCUGCCAGGCAAGUUCUCUUUUGCCAGCAGUACAGGACCAAAGAUGCCAUUUUUAUCAGCAGGAUCUGAGGAGCCUUUUUCCUUCACUCAUAAAUUGGCGUCUCCUGCACAGAUCCCUAACUCGUCCACGCCGCCUCCUGGUGUGGCUGAGCCCACUAAACUCCCUCAUGCUCCUAAAGCCCAGGGCAUUGCUGGAGAGACUCUCGGCUGCUUCUCUGGAUUACGAGUGGGCCAAAGUGAUGAAGUAAAUGAAGCCCCCAAUCCCACCUUGAGUUUAAGCUUUGGACAACCUGGUAAUGGAUCUACUGGAUUCUUGUUCAGUUCUGCUCAAAUUAAGCCUGCAGAAAGUGCAAGUUCAUCUGAACCUGCAGGUGCCACAGCAGAGGUUCUAAAGACUACUACGCCACAAGGACUAAGCACAUCAGCAUUCGCGUUUAAACCACAGGAGGGAACAACUUCAGCGAAACCAGCUUUCUUGAUUCCGCAGACAUCCUCCAUUCCAUCAGCCCCCACCUCGUUUGGUAGUCUUCUCCAAGCACCCCUCCAAGAAACUACAACUACUGUCCCAGCAAAGUCCCUACUGCCAGAGGCUUUUUUGUCAGUUGAACCGGUUCCUUCCGAUGAGGCUGAGGCUAAGGAACCUCCAGCAGAACCAAGUCCUGAACCCCCAGCAGUAGGAACCACAUCAAUCGUGUCUGCAACUGAAGGUGCCACUCCCUCCAAACCCGUGAGUACCGAGACCACUGUGGCACCUUCAAACAAGCCCCCAACGCCUCCCACACUUGCCCCUGAGGUCGCGCCUCCACCGCCACCUUAUGUUACCCCACCAGCCGAGGCACCAUCUGUCAUCGAACUUCCUGCUGCAGAACCUGCACCUGAGGGCCCUGCCGAUUCCACUCCCACACACAUCCCUGCUCCCCAAGAGGCCCCAGCAACCACCUCAUCUUCAGCUCCAAUGUCAGACACACCAGGUUUAAUUUUUGCCCCAUCAUCGAGCACCACAGAGAGUUUAACUCUGGAAGCCAUCAGUCUCACCAGUACAGUGGCUUCCUCCACCCAGUCAACCACAACAGUGGCCAGUACCACCAGCACGGCUCCUACCCCGGUGUUUGGCCAGGUCCCUUCCACCACUCCAACCGCAGCAUUUGGAUCUACGGCCUUUGGUCCUAAUUCUACCACCUCUGGCUUUGGCAAACCGGCAUUUGGACAGAGCCCUAGUGCUGGUUUCGGCCAACCUGCUGCCUCUGGCUCUGCUAGCAGUUUAACGUUUGGUCAGCUGUCAUUUAGUGCUGGCUCUGGAUUUGGGCAGCUGACCACAGCCACCACCACUUCAGUCACCAGCAGUGGAGGAGGACUCUUUGGGUCCUCAAGUGCCAACAGUGCCAGUUCCUUCUCAUUUGUAGGCAGCACCACCAGUUCUGCGGCCAGCACUGGACUUUUUGGCCAGAGCAGCGCUCCUGUGUUUGGACAGCCCAACUCAGGCUUUGGGCAGGGCUUGGGGUUUGGAAGCAGCACAACAACAGCACCCUCCUCUGGAUUCGGCUUUGGACAACAGUCAGUGUUUGGCAGCAGCACCCCAUCCUCAUCUGUGUUUGGUCAGCAGUCCAGCAGUGCUGGUGUGUUUGGACAGGCUCCGUCCGGUGGAGGUCUGUUCGGCUCGCUGUUCGGGAACGCUUCAUCGGGAUCAGGGUUUUUCAGCGGUCUCGGUAGUAUACCCAAUGAAGACGCCGCCAACAAAAACCCUUUUGGAGCGACUGUCACGGGAGGAUUCGGCCAGUCCAUCAAUACAGGUUCAUCUAACUUGUUUGGGAACAGCACCGCUAAAGGCUUCAGUUUCAGCAGCAGUUCGUUUGGUGAUCAGAAGCCCAGUGGCUCAUUCAGCACUGGCGGAGGGUCUGUAGCUGCUCAGGGCUUUGGAUCAUUCUCAACACCCACCAAACCAGGUGGUUUUGGGAGCACGCCACUGUUCGGCAGCCCUAGCUUUGGUGGCUCUCCGGCGUUUGGAGGAACGACGAGUUUUGGCUCCACUCCGUCCUUCAGCAGUCCGCUGGGCUCGUCCUCAGGGAAGGUGUUUGGAGAGGGCACUGUGGCCGCAAACGCCGGGGGAUUUGGGUUUGCUUCUAGCGCACCAUCAUUUGGCAGUCUGGCCAAUCAGAAUUCAGCGCCGUCAUUCGGCAGCAUAGCACAACCGCAGCCAUCAGGGUUUGGAGCCCCAAGCAGCGGUUUCUCAGGCUUUGGAUCUUCUGGUGGUUUUGGAGGUUUUGGAAACACCAACACUAACCAGUCGUCGCCUCAAACAUUCAGCAGUUGGAGAAGUUAAAAAAAACCUCCUGAAUUCAGUCACUUUCUCUUUUGCAUUUCUUAAAGGAGAAAUAUUGAAAUAUUGAUUUGAUUCGUGUGCAUAAUUUUAUGUUUAAAUGCAAUAUUAUUCAUAGCAGUGAGGUUUCAUAUUCUUAAUGUGUGCUGCAGAUUCACCUGAUGUAAUAAAACAAGUUUUAUAUCUGCUGUCACACUGUGUUUAUUAGGUUUGUUCUGUUUUAACAUGCAAAAUGAGAAAUAAACUCAUGUCAUUCUUCUGUUAUCUACAUGCUCCUGUGAUAUUAUUGAUAUGUUCAUGUGAACACACAGAUGGUCACGUCUGUUUCUCAUCACAUUCACAUAUAUUCACACAGCUGUCUCUGUAUUUUAAUGUUGAUUAAAGCUUUUAAACUAAGACUUGACGUGAUCUUUAGUAACUGUGUUGAGGUGACAUCAGACAGACCCCUGUUUUCCAUGUGUUGUUAAUAUCACAGUCACUCACACUGUUAUCAUACUGUAGAUGACGCGUCACAGAGGUGUCCUGUGAUACGCGCAGAUAUUUAAAUCCAUUAUGUCACAUGAGAUUCAUCACAUCAGCCCUACUGUACACACUCUUUCCAUAUCUGACCAUUGAUGGGUGUACAUACAUGAUUAAAUAACAAC